ACGAAUAUCUCCUUCUCACGGGAAACUACGUUGAGAGUUUCCCUCAAAGACGUGUACACGGUGAAGCCGUCGGAACAGUUAGUCUGUAAUAAUUUUAAUAUUCUCGAUAUUAUGCUCUUUAAAAAACCUCACUAUUUUUGAGGCAGUCGGCUUAAAGAUAUUGAAGUAAGCUUUGAGGAUAAGUUUUUUUUAAACGAUUGUAAAUUCUAUUAAUGUAACAUUUAUUGUAUUUCCGUUCCUAUUUGAUAAUAUAAUCUAGGCCGAUGAAACUUAAAGAAAAACAAAUCCAUAAAUAGAUAAGAGUGAAGUUUUUUAAACUAAUUUUAUGUUUGAAGUGCCGCAGAUAUACGGGAAAACGCUUUUGCUAUUAUUUCUUUUAUUUGUUUAUAGAAUUUAUAGUAGUAUAUAAAUAGCUCGUAAUCUCAACACGUGUUGAACAAAAGUGAACUAAUAGAUAUUAAGAGAACCAAUAAAUCGGUACUAGUGUUCAAUUACGAGAAAAUGUCAUUGACUUAUCGUUAUUAAACGGCAGGCAGCGGCUUGGCUCUGCCCCUGGCAUUGCCGAAGUCCAUGGGCGACGGUAACCACUCACCAUCAGGUGGGCCGUAUGCUCGUCUGCCUACAAGGGCAAUAAAAAAAAAAUAAAAAAAAGAAUCUAGAUAUUGAAUCAGUAAAUAGUCCAUUGUAAUUGUUAUUGACAAAAUUAACAAACUAGCUCUUCGAGACUUUUUUAUAUAGGGAGAAGAUUGUCUUAGACAACAAAACAACGGAAGAUGCAUGAUAUAGAAGUAUAUGUGGCUCGACUAAUAGAUUACAGUGUGUUUCCAGAGGUCUUUUUUGCCACGUACCAUCCGGCUAUGGAAUGAGCUCAGCGGCUUGGCUCUGCCCCUGGCAUUGCUGAUGUCCAUGGGCGACGGUAACCACUUACCAUCAAGUGGGUCGUAUGCUCGUUUGCCUACAAGGGCAAUAAAAAAAAAAGAGAGAUAGUUACAUUUAAAAGUAGUUGUUAUGUUUACAGCUCGCGAAAACCGAAGGAAAUACUAUAGUCAGACAGAUUAUAUAUUAUUAUCAUAUAAGAUCUUCUAGUUUUAAUUUAAGUUCUUAUUGCAGAAAGGGCGCAUGGUAUUCUUCUAGGCUGUAUGUUUUAAUUGUUUUUAAAUUGUCUUUUUUCAGAUUUGAGGAGACAUCUUUAGACUCUCCUAUUUGUCGAACAAACAAUAGUCACUGUCUAGGAGGAUAUCCUCGGCUUUACUAUAUAAUUAAUAAGUUGAAAGAAGAGAAACCCAAUGCUUUGCUAUUAGAAGCUGGGGAUAGUUUCCAGGGUACGUUCUGGUACACGGAACUCAAGUGGGGAAUCGUUGAAGAGUUCAUGAACUUCUUGCCGAUCGAUGCUCACGCCAUAGGAAACCACGAUUUUGACGAUGGACCCGAAGGUCUGGCUCCUUAUUUGGCUGCCUUAAAAGCACCGGCUCUAGCUGCAAAUAUGGAUGCUAGCAACGAACCCAUAUUGAAAGAUAAGUUUAAGUCUCAUGCUAUCAUCGAACGGGAUGGCAAAAAGAUUGGAGUUAUUGGCCUGAUUACUACAGACACUCAGCUAUUUUCUAUUACCGGAAAAGCAAAGUUUUUGGACCCGUACGAGACGAUUGAGAGAGAGAUUGCCGAACUUAAAAAGGAAGGCGUUGAUUUUAUUAUUGUUUUAUCUCAUUGCGGAUACGAUGUGGAUAAACGCAUAGCAAGAGAAUUCGGUGAACACGUAAACAUUGUCGUUGGCGGCCACUCGCACAGACCUGAAUCAAUUCAACGUGAUUAUCCUACGAUUGUCGAAAGUGAUAAAGACAAUAAGAAAAAGGUGUUAGUUGUCCAAGCCUCUGCCUUUACUAAAUAUGUUGGCAACAUAACGGUGAACUUCGACUGCGAUGGUAACAUGAUUGAUUGGAACGGGGGCAUGAUCCGUUUGGACCGAUCCAUUCCUGAAGAUCCAAUGAUGAAGGCAAAACUAAAACCAUACAUGAAACAAGUUCACGAAGGCGCAGCGGUGCCGAUUGGUGAGACUCUAGUGGACAUGCCGUUCAAGAAUUGUCAAAUUAAGGAGUGUGCGCUUGGAAAUUUAGUAACAGACGCUUUUAAUGAGAAAGCUAUGAAUACUGUCAAGACCGAUUUGAGUUACAUCGCAUUCGCGCAAUGUUCGUAUCUUACUUCAAACAUUCCAGAAGGAACUAUCACCCACGGCCACAUCGUCGAGCUGCUGCCUUACUACGAUCAAAUAGAAACAUUCCAAAUGAAAGGAAAAUAUAUAAUUGAGUUACUCGAGAGAAGCGCAAAGGAUGUCCUACCAUCAGAAAUUCCGAAUAUGCUGCAAGUUUCUGGUUUGGAAAUAGUUUAUAAUAUGACUAAGCGGGAAGGAAAACGAUUAUACUCAGUGAAGGUCGGUCAAGAGAGCAUGGACAUCAACAAAUUUUACCAGGUCACUGCCCCAGGAUUUUUGGCUGACGGAGGUGAUGGCUACACGAUAUUCAAAAAGCAGAAGAAAAACAUGAAAGUUAUCGGCUACGAUCAAGACGUUUUAAAAGAUUAUAUCAAGAAACAUUCACCUAUAGAUUUAAAUGUUGGUAACAGAAUAAAUAUGGUCCGUUAGUUUAAAAAAGAAAUAAUAUAUUAGAAUAUAUGUAUUAUACGUUUUAAAUAAAUUUUGUUAAUAAAUCAUUUCACGAUU